UUGAAUUGAUUUGAAUAUUUUUGGAUUGAAUAGAACCAAAAUGAACACUGAGUAAGGAUGUGUUGACUGUUGACUCUCAUGGGUUAUACAUUUAUAGUAAACACAUCAGAAUUAAAAUUAAUAGUUUGUCUUGAUUGCUGAUUUUUUGGUAAAUUCUUGAUUGCUGAUUAAAAAGAUAUUACGAUUUGAUUUUGGAUAUUAUUUAAAAUAAAUAAAUAAGGAAUAAUUGAGAUUUAACAAAUACUCCAUGAAUUAUGGAAAGCAUUCAAAUGUGAAAUUUCAUUAAUUUCUUUUCUUGAAUCAUCAAUAAAUAUUUAUAUAUAUUACGCGCGGAGCUUCUUGCUAUUCUCCGUGGUUUGUCUUUGUGUUGGGACCGUGAUUUCAGGUGUGUGGAGUUGUUUACUGAUUCUUUGAUAGCCUUGGGUUUGAUCAUGGAGAGACAUCCUGUGAUCCAUCAGUAUGCAUCGAUCAUUGGGCAAAUCAAGGGCCUUCUUGCGAGACAGUGGCAGAUUCAGUGUCAUCACAUUCUUCGCGAAGGAAUGAAGAUUCAAUGAAGAAGACAAAUUUUGGCAAGAAAAUAGGAAUUUGAAGAUGCCCAGGGCGCCCAGCGGUAUGCAGAGGCCGCUCAGCGCCCAAGGCGGUGGCAAUUACCUUCCUCUGAAGUAACUGGCCGCUCAGCGGCCAAAAAGGGGCGCUCAGCGGCCAGGCCUGUGACAGCACAUUAUAAAAGACCCUUUUCUGAUCAAAACAGGAGGUAACUUGGUUUUUUGGAGAGAGAAUUCGAUAGAGAACAUAAAGGGAAGGAACUUAGAGCUUGGGUAAGCUUCCAUCGAGCUGGAGCUACGCCGAAGUCGGCACGGAUCAUCACUUCCAUCCUAUUUCUCUUGUAAGCUUGUCUAGCUUCCAUGUCUAUGGAUAGCUAAGCUUUUCUUUGUUAGGAUUUGGUGUAGUACCUUGACUCUAUGUAUCUAAUUUAGUUCUUAUGCAUAUGAAUCUAUCUAUCUCUUGAUUUCAAUGGUAUAAUCUUGUUCUUAAAGCUUGUUUUAACUUGAUCAAUUAGAACUUGAUUAGAGAUUUGAUGUGUGAGUGAAAACUACAUAUUUGAAUUGGAUUUAGGUUAUAUCAUCUAAUAAUCCUAAUUGCUAGACAUAGAGUUAGGUUUGUUAGUCUUUAAACACCCGAAUCAAUCACGCUUCGCUUUGUUAGUUAUGCGAGACAUCGGUAAUUAGGAGAGCGAACCGUUAAUCUUCUCAUGUAAGGAAUUAAUGAGUUAGAUAAGAACUGGUGUGAUGGAAUCAAGAAUAGAAUGAUUCAUAUGUGUUGAAUUAACGGAUUCAUAACAGUUAAGGUGCGAAACCCAAUCCUAACAAGUUUUCUCAAUCUGUUUAAACCCGUUGUUAUUAUUGCUUUCCUUUAUAUUUACGACGUAUUUCGAAACAAUCAAUCAAAAACUUUGUUAAAUUCAUUGCUUAAGUGGUUUUACUAUAGAACGGCGUUGUAUUUCCAAUUCCCUGAGGACGAUAAAAACUCUUUGCUAUACUACGAUUGAAUCUUGAAGGAUUCGAAAGUGGUUAAGUAAAAAUCUUUCAACAAAAUGGCGCCGCUGCCGGGGAGAGCUGUGGAUGUUGCUGCAAUCAUCUCCAAUGCCUUAGCUGAGUGUAUUCACAAUGGGAACUCUCUAAUUUUUCCUUGCCUUAUCACUUCAUUAUGCAGGGAACGUAGAGCUUAUAUCCCCGAUGAUGACACAAUUGAGACAAAGCUUAGGAGUCCCAUCACUGGUCCAUAUAUCACCACUCAUUGCUCACCUAAGCCUUUGACUGAGGUGUUGAAGAAACUUAGAGACCAAAACCGUAUACCAAAGGAGUCAGCAUUAGAACCAGAGUCACCACCAGCACUAUCAGAUAGAGAAAUGCUAUUGCAGAUGCAGGCUCAGCUGGAUCGCCAAAAUCAGCAGCAGAAGGCGUGCUAUACAGCCAUUACUGGGUUUUAUCAGAGUUUUCAUAGCAUUUAUGGCUCACGCCCUGACUAUGUGGGCCUGCCAUAUUCAGAGUAUCUCCAGAACAAUAAAUGGCCUGAGGACAUGCCAACUACUAAAGUUGGGGAGAGCAAUAGCAGACAAGGAGCUCAGAAGGAACCUGAGGAUGAUGAUGGAGAUGACUAUGAUGCAGAGGACAUGGAUGAGGAUGAUGAUGCAGAGGAUUGAGGACUCUCCACUAUUCAGUGACUUUUUAGUUUUCUGCAUUUUAUUUCAGUUUUAGUAUUUUAAAUACUUUAGUAUGUUGGUACUUUAAUUUUGUGCUUUGGUUUUAGCUCUUUACUUGAUGUUGGUACUAUGCUUAUGUUUAUUUUGGGAUGGGAGCUUUGUUUUGCUCAAAUUUUUGAUUACUUUGGAAUUGGUUGGUUUGAGAGCAAGCAUGAACUAUGAAAUGCCAACUGAGUGCAUGAUUUUGUGUUUUUAAAUUCAUGAUCAUUGUGUUUUGCACUCACUUGAUACCAUGACAUGAUAUUAGUGCAUCAUUCACAUGAGGUCUUAGGCUCAAUUUGUUUGAAAAUGCUUGAAAUCAAGGAUACAUACCUAAGUCGGGUGAGGGAGUGUGACCAAACACUAGAGAGAAUGUGAGAAUCAUCAUUGUUUUACAUAGUUGAACUUGCUUGAGUCUCUAAUUUUGUGGAAUUGCAUGGAAAUGAAAGAAAAUGAUCAAGACAUUUUGUUCUUUAGUGUAAAUAACUACUUAGCCAUAUAGCCUACCUUUACUUAGGAAAUCACUUUGUUACCCCACUUAAGCCAAAAAUUUUGAAAAUUUCCUUGUUUUGUAUAUGACCCCAAGGUCUAAAAAGAAAAACAAUGUCUCUCCCUCACUUUCUUAGUUAAGAGAGCAUGAAUGAUGAGAAAAUGGGAUUGUAUAAAUGUGUAAGUUAGGGGGAAUGGAAACCAUUGAACAUUUAUUUUGAUUUUGUGUAGUGAUCAAUGUCAAACUUCUCAAUCUUUGUUCUAAAAAAAAAUUGAUGAAAAAGAAAUGAAGAAAGAAAUGUUGUAUAUAUCAAAAAAAAAAAAGAAGAAAAAGAAAAAGAAAAAGAAAGAUAGAGAAGUGUAAGGGAAUGAAAGGGUUGAGGUGUAGUAUAAAUGAUAAAGGAAUGGUGACAAAAGAGAGACUCUUGGGUAAGGAGAGAGUGAAAGGUUUAUAGUUGUGAUAGAUGUCAUUUUAUGCUCUCUUAGCUUGAAAGUCUUUGAGUAUCCAGAAAAACCAAUAUUCUUUUGAAACCAGGCCUCAUUACAACCCUUAGAAAGACCUAUGUGAUUCUUGAUUAACCAUGCAGUUUGAUGAUGACUGAGACGGGUAGCAAGUUAGAUUUGUGUGAUUCAUUGAUAGAUGUGAGUGAAACACUUACCCUUGCUCUCUUGAGUGGUGCAUUUAAUGUAAGAUUUUGAGUGAAUCCUUGAUUGAAAAGUAGGAAAUUCAAAGUGUGCUUAGAAUCUCAUGUUGAUAUGCUCUUUUAUCAUGAUUUUGGUUAAUUGUUGUGGGCUUCACAUGAUCUUC